GGCAUACUCCUCCAUGUUUGUUGUCGUCAAGAGAACGGCGGUGCUACGUCAUCACUGUGCGCGCGCGCCGUGUGCUGUUGUGGGAAGUCGUGUCGUGCACUCUUCCUCGAGGAGCUCUGAGGAGAUUUACUUAAAAACACAGGAUGCCUCUACCCGCGGCACUGCUGGCCCGCUUGGCCAAGAGAGGGAUUGUUAAACCAUCAGACCAUGAGGCAGAUGAGGAGAUUAUUGCUGAAGAUUACGAUGACAACAACGUAGAUUAUGAAUCCACCAGAGUCGAGAAUCUACCACCAAACUGGUACAAAGUGUUCGACCCUGCUUGUGGUCUUCCUUAUUACUGGAACGUGGAGACAGAAUUGGUGGCCUGGCUGUCCCCAAAUGACCCAACUGCAGUUAUAACAAAACCUGCCAAGAAAAUAAUUAGAGCUGAGGGAGUAGAAGAAAGAGUCGAGAGGCCGUUUGAGAAGCCGGACAGAGAGCGAGAGCGGGAAAGAGACAAAGAUCGGGAAAGGGAACGGGACAGAGAGCGAGAGAGGGACGAAGGGAGGGACAGAGAAAGAAGAAAGCCGAGGAGAGAGGACAUAGCACCGUACAGUAAGAACAAAAGAGGAAGAAAAGAUGAUGAGAUGGACCCGAUGGAUCCAAGUGCUUAUUCUGAUGCCCCAAGGGGUACGUGGUCAAGUGGCCUGCCCAAGCGUAAUGAAGCAAAGACGGGUGCAGAUACCACAGCGGCGGGGCCCCUGUUCCAGCAGCGGCCGUACCCGAGUCCAGGAGCCGUGCUUCGGGCCAACGCAGCUAACCAGAUACCCAAGGAGUAAGCAGAGCUCCCGGGAAACCGAAACAACAGACACAGCUGUACAGUUUUGUCUUCCCUUUGCUCACAUCUUAACAUUUGACGUUACAGAGUGACAUCUCCUAAGUUCCCCUCCUUUUCAUUCUGAAACGUGUACAUGUCAGAAAUUGAGUGCUGAGCUUUUACACCACCAGUGCAUUCAUACUUAAACAUGUAGUUUACAGUUGUAAAUAUGUUUUUAUAUGACCUAAAGUUUGACCUUCUUGUUAUUACUAAAGCCAUUAGUGGACUUCAUUUGCUAAUAAAUUGAAAGAUUACUGUG